GGAAAAUAGAUUUUUGCAAGCCGUGGCGUUGCAUAGCAACAAGUAUCUGCAAAGCAUAUUCAAGAUGGCGGACACGAAGAAGUCUCGAUCAGCUAUUCGGAUCAAAUCUUCGGAAAGAAAAAGAUCUGCAUCCAAACGGGACUCCGCGACAACAAGAAACAAAAAUCAAUCCGUUAGUAACCUACCUUUUUCGACUUUUACUUUUAAGGUCGUUCGGAAAUACCGUAAAAACGUCUACUUUUUUAAGUUUGAAUUCAAAUAUUUCUGUUACGUUUUCCAUGAUUUCUUUGAAUCGAUGUCUCUAAGCCUAGUUGUUCCACUUUGUAUUGUACAGAUAAAUAACAAGAGUUAUGAAGGGAUUUCACUUAACCCGUGAAGUAGGUAGUAGGAUACUACGCGCUAUGCACUAAUUCCGUUGUCUUCUUUUGUUUACUUGUAGAAACUUUGCAGUAGUAGUUAUCUGUUUCACGGGUCAAGUAAAAUCACUCUAAACAUGAUUUUUUUUAUUUAACAGUUUCAUGCAAAUUUGGGCUGAUCAAUAAGUGUGUUGCAAAAAUGUACUUUAACAUGGAGAACAUUGUACCUAUGUUACAUGAUGUCAACUUUUCAUCCAUAACUUUAUGAUUUACAGGAAGAGGAGGAGAAAUAAUCAUUAGCCUGGAAAGUUUUGUCUGAAGAACAAACUCAAGCACUCAAGGAACUUACAGCACGUGAGCUGGAAGUGUACGUUCAACAAGUUCAUUAUAAGCUUACUAUUAGAGAAACAAUUUGUUGUUUGAUAUUUUGGUCCCAACUUGACCUCUGCUGGUCCUACAAAAAAUGCAGAGGUCAAUCACCUGAACUGAGAUGAGGUCAGAAUCACAGCCACAACAAAGCAUGCAGCCUGCGUGGCAGGGGCAAAAAGGGGAAUAGCUGGGAAAAGAAGUGUGGCAUCUCUUUUGCCCCCCUAUUCCCUUCCUCCAGAUUCCCCACCUCUUUCGAUUCGACACCUGCCACGGCAGAAACAGAGCGUGCCCAUCUCCCAGCACUCUGCAGGUGGGUGUUUGUCAGGCAUUUCUAAUAUUUCCUUUGGAAAGCUACAAAUGCAGCCCCCAUGUGAACAGAUUCACGCAAAGACUCCACUGUGGGGCUUCAAUAAAAUAGUGUGCAGUGUGCUAAUUUCCCACCCAGUGGACAAAUAAGAGAGCCAUGCCAUAACUAAAUAAAUGAAACAGUAUUAACUUAACAGAUGAAUGUUAGCAAAAAGCAAAGUGAUCCUUACAAACCCUACAUAGGCUUGUUUAGUUGAUAUAAAGAUUUGAUGUAAUUCUUUUUUUAGGAAGGUGGGUGAAGUUCUGACCAUUGAAAGUUUUCACAAUUCUCUUCCUGAAGCUUGUGUGUUGGACUACUAUGUUGCUGGGUUUUGGUAUCCUUUUCAUCAUACAGCUAACAGUUACCAAAUUCUUUUGCAGUAAAAUUAAAUGAGACACUUAAAAGAAAUGAUUCACUCUUUGAGUUUGGAAAAGAACAUAUUUCAGAUAUGUACCUCAUCAUCAAUUACAUGUAAAUGCAGGUGGAAUUAACCUAUGUUAUUUUUUCUAGAAUUUGCUAAUACCCGAUUACUGAUUAGGAGUGAGUGGUAAAUUAUCGGGCUCAUCUUGUUAGACUGUGAUGAGUGGUUUAUCCUUUACACCAACAUGUUUUAUAAUAAUCUCUAUGGGUACAGCAGGCAGGAAGAUUGUCAUUUUAGGCUGGUGUUAAUUUUAAUUAUGAUGCAAGAAAGUUUUUUCCUUGACAGAGACUUCCUUUUAAGGUUUGCAAAGGAACAAAAUUUUACACUUCAGCAGAUUUCAGCAUUUUUUACCCUUCUAAAAGUGAUGCUAGACAAUAUAAAAGGUAUCUAUAUCGCAGUAUGGGAGAUGUUCCUAAAUUAUAAAAAUAAUAAUAAUAAUAAUAAUAAUAAUAAUAAAUGAUUAUGCAAGAAGGUAAUUUGCAUUCAGAUAAUCCCACACCUGAAGUCAUACACCUGCAAAAAGGAGCCCGAAAUUCCAGGGAAUUCUGGGGUAAAAUUCCUGGCUUUCCAGGCUUUUUUGCACAUGCCGAAAAGGCAGGAAAAAGGUCUCCGGGAAACCCCGGAACGGAAUCAUGGAAGAGCUAGGGAGUGCCAGAAAUCAUUCUAGUCAGAAGCUCUGGUCUUUUUUGCACAUAAGGAAAAGCCCGCUAAGUGUUGAAAAUUUUCUCAUGGAUUUCUGGGCUAUUCCAGGAAUUCCUGGAGAGCCAGGAAAUGUCUGACCAAGAUGGUGUCUCAGUAGGACAUAUGUCCUUUCAAGAGAAAAAAAUAUUGCAGCCCUGAGACCUGGGGAAAUGGUUGUGUUUCUCUAGAUAGUUAUAUUUUUUAAUAAAGUUACUAAUUUUUAUUUCUAUACUUUCAGUUUGUCAUCAAUAACUGUGUUGUUAAUACUUAUUUUAAUGAUUUACUAACAUACAUUAUACUAUUCAUGUUUCAAAUUGAAAUAAAAAUUGGAAGUAUCAUGAUAUGGGACAAUAAACUUAUCAUACUUUAUGCUUAAAUCCUUUCUCUUUUUUCUUAUAUUUGUUUGUUUGUUGUUUUUUUCAGAACACCAUUCCUCCCUGAUUGAGAGCAUUCAAAAGUUUAAGACACUGCUGGCAGGCAUUGGAGUAGAAAACUGCCCCCAAAAUGGAGGGCUUGAAUGUUUUGAUGUUAAUCAGGCUAAAGUCAUCACAGACUACUUUACUGACAGGUAAAGAACAACUGUUACAAUAAUUGUUGUAUCAUAAUGAUAUAGGUUCAUCCAGGGGCAUCAAGUACAUAUUACUUGAUGAGUCCCCUCCUUUUAAUUCAAAGGGUCUUAGAUCAGAAUUUCUAACCAUUCUUUCCAAGAUGAGAGGGUGUUUUGCUACUCUUCAACUGCAGGAUAUAUUUGAGUAAAUACAAAAAGCCAAGGUAUUGACCAUUGUGAUGUUCCUUUUUCACAGCUUAUUUCAACACUACAGAUUGUACCAGUUUCUAUUUACUCAAGAGCCCCAAGAGGAAGUUGUUAUAUCAGAGGUAUGCAUUUGUUGUCAUGUGAAGAGUAAGAAAGUCAUCUUGGACUGGCUUGUCGGCGGAGCCUUGUAGAGCAUACAUAAUAUUAAAAGCUUUAAAGUAACUUUUGAUAAACUGCUGCAUUUACCUUCCAAAUUGUCCUGUGUUUGCUUUUCAUUGACAGAAAAGAAGAAUACUUUGACAUUUUGUUUAGAGUUACUUAAGGCAAUUGUUCCACUCAGCCCUUCAAACAUCUUUAUGCAUGGAAACAUAACUUUUUGCGAUGACCUGACCUAAAGUGAACAGAGCUUGUAAAAUUUUACAGUUGCACCCACUUCUAAUGGUCUCUAAUAAGACCAUGCACCUCUUUACCAACCUCUUCUUAAUAAUUAUUCACCCCUCUAUUGGAUAGCAACUUUCAAUUUAUAUCUGAUUUUUUAUUUUGAAAAUUAGUUUUUGAUACAGCAUUGUUAAAGUUGGGGUGUUUUCCCCUUCAGUUUAGUUCACUAUUAGUUUGUCUUUCUUCUUUGACACAGCUUGCUGUUGAAGUACCACCUCUGGCCAGUGUUCCAUUCCCACCUCCGCUUGAUGAGGGUAUGACAGAAGAUGUGUGGAGAGAACACGUGAUGACACCACCACAAUCACCUCAACUAAUGGAACAAAAAGAUGUAAGAAUUUUAUCAUUGAUUAACUGACUUAAGCUAACAUAGUUCAGAGAUACUAUACUGCCAGCUGUUCUCAUACCUUCAAGGACAUGACUGUCAUCAAUUCUGUGGAUUACAAACUUUGAUCUCACACUUUCUCAGGUCUGCAGACCAGUUUCUCAUGUCUUGUGGAAAAAUCUCAGCUAUUAUAGCUAUAAAAUCAAACCAACAUGGAAAGUAAGAUCACAUUUCCCCUGAAAUCUCUGAUUUAAAAUGGCAAGCAGGAGCUGAGAAGGUUGGAAAUCUUAAGUGCAAAGUUUCAGAUUGAGUUUGGAAGUCUUCCCUCAUCUUCAGAAGUAAUCAGGUUCUAGAAGUUAAAGACUUGAAAGGGUCACAUUUAGGCAAAAUGUCUGACAUAGGUGUGCUAAAAUUAAAAUUUAGGGUUCAUAACAAUUCAUAAUAGCACUGUCACAAAUUUAUAGAGGGUAGAUUAACACAGAAGAUUUAUGCAAUGUGUACCCUACUUCUCCCCCCACCCCCCCCCCCCCCCCCCCCAAAAAAAAAAAUGGAAAAAAAUUAAAUAAAUAAGAGUAUUGGUACGAAAAGAAGUUUGAAUUAAUUUUAUUCUUUACAAUAUUCCACAUUCACAGGGUGAUGUAGAUUCAAGAGGAGAAGGUAUUUUUCUUCAUGAAUUCCUUGUUAGCCUAAACUGUUAACUGUGAAACAAUAAGUGCGAUACAUAAUCUGACCAAGUUGGUGUGGAAUAUUGGGCACUUAAGUCAUUUCAGUAAUUCUGUUGGGUAAUUUUGUUUACAGCCCAGUCAGCUGCACUUAACCUUGCUGAGAAUCAAACUGCAGAAGAUAUUUUGGCAUCUGUGAAACCGGACCAGGUCAAGAGUAUUGUUAACAAGGUGGCAGAUGAGGUGUUAGGAAAUUUUAAGGUAUGCUGUGAGUUGUUCUGUUGCCCUGCAUUAAAGUAUUUUAAUGAUCCCAUAUUCCUUGAAUAGGAAAAAAAGAUAUUACUUCAAUAGGGUGAGUGCUAAGUCAAACAACUUGGGCACUUAAAUAUUAAGGAUUUAAUGCUCAUCAAUUUUUAAUAAGUAGAGAAUUGUUCAUUAUUUACAAAGAACACAGUAUUAUUAGAUACUGUACAUAGAAUUCAAAAAUCUGUGGUUCUUGCGUCAACCAUUUUGGCUGUCUUAAGUUUACGGGGAUGAAGAUAACUUUGCACUGGAAGAACUGAAAGAGGUAGACUGUUUUCCUUGUGGUAACCUAAACUGGAUAGAAAAGUGUCGAGGGGAGGGAGGGGACUCUGGUUGUAUGGCUGAUUUAGGUUUAGUCAUGAAUCAUAUAUCUGGAGAGAGUGCUCAGUGGAUUGUGGGUACUUGUUCAAGGAAAUGCUCGGCAGUUGAAAACCCUGAACAAUACGUGACUGCAGAAAUAUGUUUUGAUUGCAGUCCUAAUUUUAACCGUUGCACUGGGCUUAAUACACAUGAUCAAAAUUUGAAUUACAGGUAUUUAUAUAUUGAGAUAUGUUAGCUCAGGCUUGUUAUAAUAGCAAGAUAUGCAGUUACAAAGGUAAAUGUUUCCAAUGAGUUUAAAAGUAAUUAUUAAUUGAAGUGUCAAAAAUGGUUUGAAUUAAGGUGGAGCUAAUUUAAACUGUGCUAGAGAAGCUUGUUUGAUAAUCUAUAACCAUUAAGUCUAUAAAAUGUCAUGAUUUUUUCUUAUAAUCUUCAGGCUGAAGUUGAAGCAAAGCUCAAGGAAAGAGAAACAUUGUUGACUUCAAAAAUAGGAAAACUACAAACGAGAUAG